GAUAAUGACAGUCUGAUCAAAGCUACAUACAAGAAUCAACAUAGCUUUAGAUUAGAAUGGAUACCAUUUAACGAUUUUACAGAUAUAACCCGAAUUGGAACAGGUGGUUUUAGCGAAAUCUAUACUGCUACAUGGACAAAAGGCGGAAUAAUAG